AUGUUAAUAAAUCCGUUAAACUGGUUUACAGGGUGGCUGACAAUUGCACUUUUGCAAGGCAAUCUCCCUGCAUUGAAUACUGUCCAAGCCUUACCAAUUGAUAACUUGGAAAAUCCGAUAAAACAAUUACAACUAAAUCUCGAUAUCGUCAGCCAACAAUUAAAACAGAUUGCAAAAGAAACUGAGGCAUGCAAGCAUGCAUCUAAUUCAACAGGCCUUAAUAAGACCGCCGAUCACAAUAUAACCGAUAUAACUCAAUUGCUGGAAAACACUAUUUCCUUAGAUCGAAAUAUAUCACAUUUAGAUGAGGAGAAAGGAAACUUGUCAAGUUCUUCUAAAAAUCAAUCGUCCAACUAUCCGGCAAAUGAGGAAAAUGUGAUAAGAAACAUAAGAUCAGCAAAUGCUAAACAACACCAUACAAAUGCAACAGCAUCGCUUGCAAAAUCUAAGAAAAGAGAAGAAUCUUUCGUUGCUUCCGCGACGAACGAAAAUGUCCCAAAUGCAACGGAUGAAACUAAUCAAAAUGAUCGUCAAAUUGAUAACUUUGCCAGUUUUACUCGAACCGAUCCCGCAUAUGCUGGAGCAGAUCGUCAAAGUUUAUACAGUAACGCGGAAGCAGCGUAUACGAUAAGUGAAAAUGCAAAUAGAUUUGAAGAGACCCAUAUGUCGCUCAUCGACAAACCGAUGCAAAUUUCUGGAAAUCAGCAAACCUCAACGGGAAACACACAAGCAAGUAAUGUUAUUCAUCGAUCGCAUCAUAAUGUAUCGUUUAGUAGGCCCCAAAAAGUUUAUAGCAGUUUAGAUGACUUCGAAAAUAAUACUGAGACAAAUGGAAUUGAAUCGUUCAAUGCGCAAGAAGAAAGAUCCAGUUAUGACAGUUUCGAACAAUCGGAUCCUUUAAGGCUUGCUAUCAAUCAAACGCGAAAUCUAAAUGCAACAAAUGCCACUGGCGUCACAAAGUCAACUCUCUCGUCUAAACCUUGCCAUGCUGCCAGCAGUGAUGAAAAUAUGUCAAUAAGUAGUGAAAUAAAACAACAAAAUUUAACUAGAAUCGAGAGAGCAAUAAAUGAAACAUUAGCGUCGAACGUAAAUGCAUCACUUGAGAUUUCUCAAAAGACCAACAAUGAUAGUGGACCGCUAAACGCAUCAAAUGUAACACGUACCGACAAUGAAACUACAACGCCAGCUAACUUAGAUGGCGAUAGCUAUUCGACAUUGAACUCGAAUCAAUUGAAGAACUUUAUUAUAUCUAGUCAAAGCAAAUGUGCGACCGAACAGAUUGUAACAGUUCAAGAGCCACUCGGUGACGCUAAUUUUCAAGAAACUGAUCUCUUAGGUUUUCUGUUAAAUCAAACAUUAAAUGCAACAAAUUCGAGGCGCAAUCCGGGACCGUAUCAUAAGACUUUGCCACUUCCGCCGAGAAAAAGGAAUGAUAAUUACGACGAAGAUGAUGUAGAAGAAUCCGAGAGCGAAAUCGACGCUAGUAAGGAAGCAAAUGUUGCCGAAAAUGCCGAAAAUGCCGAAAAUGCCGAAAAAUCAACCGCAACAGAUACAUGGGAAGAGAAACCAUCGAGCAAAAGUGUUGAAAACGACGAUUCCGAGAGUUCGACAGAAAGUGUUGGAACAAUUGGACAAAAUUUGACUGCCAACACUGUAGCAAAUGUCACCGAUGUAACAGAUGUUAAUAUGUCAAAUAAUGACUCUGAGGAAACGCGCAGCGACAUCAGUGAUGAGAAUUUGGACGAAAAUACAACCGAGCAACAGAAUUCCGCCCCGAAUACUGAGUUAAUAAGCAAUGCAACUGAUUCAAAUACGACCUAUGUCACCAAUGGCACCAAGGCAUCGCUAAACGAAUCCGUUUCACAUUCUUCUAUCAAUAUCACAGCCAACGAACAAAAUUCAACUACGAACUUGGAAGCAAUUGACGACAGUCCAGAACAUCUAAAUACCGUCAAUUAUGCAGGAUUUGAAGAAAUGAGUCUCUUUGAGUUUUUAGUAACCCAAUUAACUAAAAAUUUGACAGCAAAACAUGCGAAAAAUGCAAGUCAUGCUGCAAGCCUAGCUACAUCUGCCAAUUUAAAAACGAAAACUGCAAAUACAGAAAAUGUAGCGACAACAUCUUUCAAUGAAUCUCAGGCACAUGAUACCACCAAUUUGACAUUAGAAACUAAACCGUCAAUAGAUGACGUGGCAUCAAAAAUUGAGGAACAGCAAAAUGAACCGGUGACACUUUACGAUGUUGCCGCUUUUCGCGAAGAUAAACCCAACAACGUAAUUUCUACGGGAAUUGAACAAAAUUCAACUGUAAAACCAGCAGCAAUUAAUGCGAGCAAAAGUGGAUCACACAUUGCUUCCAGUUUUGCGGAAAAUGAGCCGGUAACUGCUUUAUCAAAACAAGAAAAUUUAAAUCUAACUGCAAGAGCAACGGAAAGUCCAAACUCUUCUACACUCACUGUAGGCUCACAACAAUUAUUUAACAGUGAUGAAGACGAAGCAGGGGGUAAGGUGAACAUAGAUGAUGAGACUCGAAAAGUGAACGAUUACACUAGUUUUAGAGAAAUGGAAGUUUUAAAGAAUUUGGUAAAUGAUAUAGUGAAGAAUUUAGGAUCGAAAGACAAUUCAACAAACAUGAAACAUUCGGCUAAGAAAACAAACAUGACACAUUUAGCGAAUAACAAAAACGAAACAUUAAAGGCAUUGGAUGGAACUCUGCCAGGAAAAGCGGGCCAAGCAGGUGCAGGUAACAUUACAAAGGGACCUAAAGGACUUGUCGAGACUGAUACUGACGAUGAAAUCGCGGGAGUAUUCAAACUUAACAAAAUCAAGCCAGUUAUUGCGUCAAAUCAACAAGCAACAAACUCAACACCUGACACAAAUCAAACUGCAUCGCUGAAUGCAUCCUAUACGACAAACGUAACUAAUACGACAAGUGAAAGUGUAGCAGCAUCAAAUACCUCAAGCGUGCUCGGCGAAACUAUGGAAAUAGCAAAUGCCACAAAUCCAACCAACGAAACCACAGCAACAGAAGACGCAAUAGGGUCGGCUAACAAAAGUGUAGUUGCAGAAAAUGCUCCUGGGCCAAGAAACGAAAGUGUAGCAACAGCAGAUGAAACAGAAUCGGCCAACAACAAUAAUGUAAUAAUUGAAAAUGCUCCAGAGUCAGGAAACAAGAGCCUAGCAAUAGAAAAUGCCACAGAUCCAACCAACGAAAGUACAGCAACAGAAGAUGCAACAGGAUCGGCCAACAAAAGUGCAACAGCAGAGAGUGCUUCAGAAUCAAGAAACGAAACUGUAGCAACGGAAAGUGAAACAGAAGCGACCACAGGUAGUGUAGCAACGCAAAACAUAACAAAUCCUGCAGCAAACGCAACAAGCGGAACCAGUGAAAGCGUACAGCAAGCAAAUACAACGGACGUGGCCAACGAGACUAUGUCCACAGCAAAUAAAACAAACUCUAAUAACGAAACUGUCAAUGCGUCAGAUUCAAUCGAAAGCGAAAGUAUAAUGGCAGCAAAUGCAGCAAACUCAGCAAAUGAAACAAUUGGGAAUAAAGUCAGCGAACUCGCAGCAAUUCCAACAAACGUUAGCAAAGAUAUAGCGCCAGCAACAAACGCAAUCGUCGAAAGUGUCCCGAUUGCUGAAUCCCAGACAAUUCAGAGUUUUGCAAGUUUUGCAGAAAAUAACCCAAUAACCACUUUUGUAACUCAAGCCGUUAAAAAUGAAACAAAUGCGAUAAACGAAACUGUACUAUGUGAUAGUCCUCAAGAAGCCCUCAAGCCAAAGUGUGUUGCAGCAGAUCAACAAAAUUUCACUCAAAAUACGGAAAUGAUAAACGUAAACAGCACGAGUAAGGAAACUUGCUCGUGUAGUGCACAUCACAACAAAGUUUCUCCCAUAAGAAGCUUUGUUGAAAAAGAAUCUUUCGCUACCUUGAAAAAUCCAAGUGUUGACGUAGAAGAGACGUUGGCAUUUGGAGAAUUGAAAAGAAACCAGGAAACUCAUCAUAAGGAUAUUCUUGUAGAGGAAAAUAAUGCAAACAAUCAUUCAAUUGCCGCUCGAUUAGGCGACCUUCAAAACUCGACUACCAACAAAACUGAUAUGCUGUCAAACGUGCCUUACGAUACCUCGAAAAUCGCUGAAGAUGUUACAAUAGACAGUUCUACAUACCUACCCAUUUCAGUUACUAGCGAAGAAGCACUACAUUCACUGCGUACCUCCACAAAAAACCAAUCCAGUGAGGCCUCUGCGACAAGUACCCUCGCAGCAAAGCCAACAACUUCAGACAAUCAAACCAAACCACUUAACGGCACUGAAGAGGCGAAAAUCAGCGAAAAUUUAAAACUAACUGCUUUUCAAACUAAUUCAUCGGCAGAGGAAUAUCAUGUACAUGAUGCAAGCUCGUCUUCAAAUGGCUUUCGUAGUUUUGCUCAAAACGAACGACGUUUCGCUGAAAAGACAAAAGCGACCAAUGCAACUGCGCACAACAUGCACGUUAGUAUGAAAAUAGGUCGUAGACCACAGGGCGAGCAAAUUCCCUCGGAAAGUUUCCGAUUUAAAGCUGACAGCGACUUUUAUCGAGCACCACAUUUUCUCUAUAUGGAUCAAGCAAUAAAAACAGCGAAAAAUCCUUUAGCAAAUGCCAGCACAAUACACGCGAAGGAAGAAGAAACAAAUGCAACACUUCUCAUUAAAAACGUGACCAACAGUUGUUGUCAUGCAAAUUGUAGUUCGACUAUGGGAUGCGAAAAUUUAAAGGUCGAAGAACUUUUAAAUACUACGGACCAAAUAAACAUGACUAGCAGCGCGACUGAAACUGCAAGCUUGACAAGUUCCUUAUCGGAAGCUUCGAACGACACCGUUCAAGUCAAACAAGCUGCCGAAAAGACUUUUGUGGAAGAGGCUGAAUCGAUGGGAGAUAAGCUCUCAGCCAUGGACCAAAACACGCAAGAUUUGAAAGAAAAUUCCCGACCGGAAAGUUCGUCGGCGUUGCAUAAUAUCGAAUUCUUGAAGAUAGCACAAAAUCUUGCCUAUGAAUUUGCUAGAGGCGAAAAUCAAAUAACCGAAGAAGAGUUUGGAAGAGUAGCGAAAUUUCAAGACGAUGAGGAAGGCGAGUUCAGUGUCGAUGAAGACACGAAGAGUAUAACCGAUGAAGAUGGUCGUGAAUCACGCACUCUUGAAGAUGAAAGCGACUAUACAUCUGGCCAAGUAGCCGUCGAAUUAAGCGCAGAUGUUGAGGAAACUACUACCAUAGAUGCUGCGGAAUCGAUUGAGCCCGAAGAAUCCAUGUACAGGGAACGUGCUCCACGUAAGCUAAAACAUCAUCGCAAUUUAGAUGGUGUCGAAAUGUUCUACGGAUACUCAAGCGUUAAACAUAAUUAAACAUUAUUGAGCGUUUCCUUGCAAGAAGAGCUAAAGACUCUCUUAUAAAUCACAUUAUAUUAUAUAAGUAUAU